CAAUUGCUCUGCAUGUUAGAAAAUUCUAGGGUUUCAUAAUUUUACCAUAGCUGUUUUCAAAUUUUCUCCUAUCUCCCCCCACAAUCAAGCCCUAGCCAGGGUCCAAUUCCUAUCAAAUGGGUCGGUCACGCGCUGUUGCUAACUCCGCCGACGAUGAUCCCACGCAAAGUCGAUCGAAGAGAAAAAAGAGUGCUGCAAAUGUAGAGAAUUUGGAUGCUGCAACUGCAGGUCAAGGGAUGAGUGAAGGGAGAAAGGCUUUAUACCACUGCAAUUAUUGCAACAAAGAUAUCUCAGGAAAGAUACGUAUUAAGUGUGCAAUGUGUUCUGAUUUUGACCUUUGUGUGGAGUGCUUCUCUGUUGGAGCUGAGAUUCAUCCCCACAAAAGCAAUCAUCCAUAUAGAGUUAUGGAUAAUUUGUCAUUCCCGCUCAUUUGUCCCGAAUGGAAUGCAGAUGAGGAGAUAUUACUCCUGGAGGGAAUUGAAAUGUAUGGACUGGGAAACUGGAGUGAAGUUUCAGAGCAUGUUGGGACAAAAGUUAGAUCGCAAUGUAUCGACCACUAUAAUUAUAUAUACAUGAACUCACCGUGCUUUCCUGUUCCAGACAUGUCUCAUGUUAUGGGAAAAAAUAGAGAGGAACUCCUGGCUAUGGCUAGAGGGCAUGGUGAAGCCAAAAAAGGAUUUCCAACCCUUGGAGAACUUGCUGUGAAAGAAGAGCCUUCAGUCUCCGCAAGAAUCAAGGUUGAAGAUGGAAGCAAAGAAGGACCUGCAUGUCAAUCCUCAUCUAGCUUAAUUUCUGAGGUAGGUGCCAGUGCAGGUUAUAGCAGCAGUAACACCUCCAUUGGUGCAGUUAAAGGAGCAUCCAGCAUGGUACAGAAUAAGGAUUGUCAUGAUGGUGUCAAAGCGGAAGAUGCUUAUGCAGACAGAACCGUUGGAGAGAAAAAACCUAGGACUUCAGUGGAUGAGGGGCCUUCUAUGACAGAAUUAAGUGGCUAUAAUUCUAAGAGGCGGGAGUUUGAAAUUGAAUAUGAUAAUGAUGCCGAGCAGUUACUGGCGGACAUGGAAUUUAAGGAUACAGACACUGAUGCUGAACGUGGACUGAAACUGCGAGUCUUGCGAAUAUACUCAAAAAGGCUUGAUGAGAGGAAACGGCGGAAGGAUUUUAUACUGGAAAGAAAUUUACUUCACCCUGACCCUUUAGAGAAAGUCCUCUCACCAGUAGAGAGAGAAAUAUGUCAGCGGUACAGGGUGUUCAUGCGAUUUCAUUCAAAAGAGGAGCAUGAAGCAUUGCUGAGGAGUCUAAUUGAGGAGCGCCAGAUUUUGAAAAGAAUACAAGAUCUUCAGGUUUGAUCAUGCCUGACAGUUUUCCUCGCAUAUUUCAUGUCUAUAUACUGCUUCAUCAAUUGUGGAAACUAGAGUCCACCGAUCUAGUUCUACAAGAGUAAAAAAUUCAAUUAAUGCUAAUGAACAUAUUACUCAGCUUCAAAAAACAUUUCUUGUGAUAGACUUAGGUGUUUCGCGUAUUGGUCUGCAGAUAACUUUGUACUAUCACUUGUGGUAACAAUAUAUUUAUGAGACUACAAUUCUGAAAUUUCAUUUGAAAUAAAAAUGAUUUUUUUAAUAAUUUAUGAAGGUCUGGCAAGCUCAUUCACCUAGAAUUUUAAUGCUGGUGUCUGCCCUGCCUUGCUCAUAUGCUUGUUAUUCAUUUGUACUAUAUCACCUGUUCCUACUGUAUUAGGCCAAAUAUUUGUCUUUGUACUAGUACUCAGAAGUUUACUUCCUGUGUGUUUUCCAUGUUCUCUCAGUAAUUUGACACUAUGAAUGUACGAUUUCUUGAAAAGAAAAAAAUCAUAUUCGUGCCUUCUGAAUAUUGUUUUUUAUUCUUAUUUGUCAUAGUCACCUGACUGAUGUUCUUUAGCGAUCUCUUUUUUUGGUUCCUUCCUAGCCCAUAAUGUAAUUUUUGAAUUUCACGGAUUCUGGUCAUACUGGAAUUACUGCCUUAAUGUGGAGUUAGAACUGGUUGGGUUUCCUAGUAGUCCUCAUGUAGGUGGUAACACUAGUUUGAAUAAGGGGACCAAAAUCUGUUGUCCACAAAUGGAUGAAUAAACUUUUGGUCAUGAUUUCUUUCUUUGAAAAAAUUCCUUGGGACUGACCUAAGCACCUUCAGUUAUAUGAUUGUUUUGACUUAUUGAGGUAUUUGUCGUGAUUUUCUUUUUUGGUCAAGCAAAGGUGUCUAUAGUCUGUUGUUGGAUGUCGUUUCUUACGUUGGUUGGGAUCCAAAAAAUUGUCUUACAAAUGUAUACUACGUUUUUAUUGUGUACCUCUACUUUUUUGUGUAUAUAUAUUAUUUGUCCCGUAGCUAGUAUAUCGAUAACCAUAAUUUUGAAGGAUGCUCGAGCUGCUGGCUG